AUGAAAGACGGGCAGGGGGAUCUCACCCUGGAAAAUAUUGCGAACGUGAAGAUUAGGGCAUAUCGAAAUAAUAGCAUUUAUGGAAAUGGCAAAGGGGAGGAGGGAAAGAAGGACAAGGGUGAGAGCUUCUACAGUGUGUACAUUUUGACGUACAUAAAGCACAUCGUAAGGAUAAAGGCCAACUUAGCCCUGCACGGGGGGCUCUACAGCAACUACUUUGAGAAAUAUGAGGAGGAGUCCAUCUCGAAUAUCAUGUUGGAGAAUUUGCUCUCCAAGGAAGGGUGCGGCACCCCGAAAGGUAACGGCAAGCAGGGUGGCGGUGCCAAACAAAGCGAAAGCAAUAACCCGAAUGGAAAUAAACAACAAAGCAGAAGCGAAGAAUCAAAGAGACAGGCUAAUCAGGAGGAGCACAAGGACCUCAACUACUCCAUCAAGGAGCUCCUGAGGAAACUGAUCAAGUCGUACAAAAUCAGGGAGAACAAAAUUUUUCUCGUGACUGGAAUGCUGGGUUGUGGAAAAACGACCUGCGUAAGUUUGGCCAUCGAGUACUUUAACAAAUAUUUACAAAUAGAAAAGAAUAUGAAUCGGAAAAAGGACAAACGGAGUGUGGGAUUCCUUUCAGCCGAUGAAAAUGUUAACAAGAAAUUGUACAAGAAGACCCCGUAUACCGUGAAAAGGUACCAGAAGGAGGAGGUCUCCAGUAACGAGUCGUCACCGGAGCAGACGAGGAAGAAGAUUAAGAUUAACUGCGAUGAGCCACUUUUUAACUUUACCCCAAAGAAGGGGCACAGAAAGGGUGGCAUGAAAAGUAGCAUGAAAGGUGGCAACCAAAGUUCCUCCACAGGCGGUUGCACGAACCAGUACUAUGAGAAUAUCCCAUCCGAUGAUGGAGGGAUGGAGGGGACUCCACACACCUGGGACGAAAGUGAAGCCAAAAUGAAUGCACAACAAAUUAACAUGAACAUAAAGAACAUAUUCGAAAACAACGACUUAUCCCCCUUGAGAAAAAAUACAAACAUACGGAAUAAAAUACAGUUUGAGGAACUCCUGAAGGAGCAUAAUAAUUUGCCCCAAGUGGAGAAACAGAGUGAUAAUGACAACGCCGAGUUUAAUGAAAAAUAUAAAAAAAUUGUAGAAGAAAUAAAGGAGGAAGAAAAGGAACAGAGGUGCAUUUACACCAUCAGAAUCAGUGCAUAUCUCUACAGAGAUGAUGUGCAAUGUAUUAGGUCCAUUCUGACCCAGCUUCAAAAUUAUGUAGACGAAACGGAUUCCAAGAUAGAAGGUAAUUUGUUACUAAACGAUUACAUUAUCAAGUUGGAAAAAUUACUCAUCCAAAUAAAUAAUGAAAAAAAACAAACUCUUCUCAUCAUUGAAAAUGUAGAAAAAUUUUGUUUACAAACGAAGCAAAAUCUUCUGUACACUCUCUUCGAUUUAUUACACAGAAAAAAUAUUUGCAUUAACAUUAUUUGCCUUACCAAUGUUUUGGACAUAACCCAAACUCUGGAAAAAAGAAUAAAAUCCAGAUUCACAUUUGAGAUGCUUCACAUAUCUCCCAUUUUGAACAUUGAUGAAAUUUCUAAAUUGGUUUACAAAAUAUUGUAUGUCAAUUUGGACGACUUCCAUCUCAUUAAGAAAUACUACUCUGUUUAUUUUACCUAUGUAGACUUGAUAAAGAUUCAGAAGUUCUUGCAGAUCUAUAAUUCCACUAUGCAGAAGGAAAUAGCUGAUGAGCUUCUCCUAAAACAAUGGUCGUACGAUAUUAACUAUGGACUUGAUAUCAGACAUAUCUACCAUACUUGUGUGGAUGCCAUUUUGUCCAUAUGUGAGUACAGACAUAUUCUUAGUGGAGAACGGGGCGGAGAUGGAAACCGUCAAGAAGGUGAGUUUAAUGACCACCGCAAAAAUCCCUUGCAGAAGAACGCCCUCCUGGAUGACCACUCAGAAAAUACUUCUUCAGCAUCUGAGCAGGGAGAAGAAUACUUCAAGAAGGAAACUUCCAAUUCGAUAAAUUGUGAAGUGAAUCUGCAUGCAGAGGGGGAAGACUCCCUGUAUAACCACUUCUUGGAGGGAGAACAACUACGAGAAGCCUCUCCAAUGAAAGGCAGGGGUAGCAGCAUGGAUAACCAUGGCAAAUUAAGAAGCGAAAAAUUGGGAAUUUUCUCCAAGGAGAAAAAAGCUAACCUGGAAUACCUUCGAGAACAGCGACCAGGAAAGUUAGACUGCACACCUGUUAAAAGAAACUUCCAUCAAGAUUUUGCAGGGGAGGGAAAACCUGGAGGAGGUCGAGAUGGACAAUUCCAUCUAGACAUGAAUAUGGACAUGAGUCCAAGGAAGUUAAAGGAAAAUAUUAAAUUAAAAACCAAAGUGGAAAGUCAAUACAUUUUAAACAACGUACAGUCCAAAUUCAUUAGGAGACACUAUAUUAAAAAAGUGCUGCGAGAUUUGUGCACUAUUGAAUAUAUGAUUCUAUGUGCAUUCACAAGAUUGUACAAGAAGGAGUUACUUCCUAAAACGUUGUAUGUUAUCUUGCUGGAAAUUAACAAAUUUAAGCAAGCCUAUCCGCAGGAGCAGAUUGUUGGUUUUUCUCUGGAUGCGUACAGACGAUCCUUCUUUCGCUUGGUAGAUCUGGACAUUAUUACUCUGUCUUCCUACUCACUAAGUCAUUUGAAUAUUAAAAAUUUUAGUAACGACCUGUUUGGUCUACAUGAGCCGACCAAGUUUCCUUGCUACGACAUCUUCCUUGAGAACAUUGAGUCAUAUAAUUUAAACCACAACUUGAUUCAGUGGGUGAAGCACAACACGGAGGUGAUGCAGUGA